AUGACUUCUUUUUUAGGCCAACUUUCCCAAAAAAAUAAAGUUCUGGAUACUAAAAGUUUAAAUGAUACUCAGUCAAAUGGCUUAAAUGGUGAUAUUGUUAAUGAUGAAAGUAAUGGAAGCAAUGAUGCUUCUGAUGGUUGGAGGAAUCGGAUCAAAGAAAAUAGCUUUCAAAAUAUUCUAGCAAUUCUUUUAAAUUAUAGUAAAGUGAUUCUAAACAAGAGAAUUCUUAUAAGAACAUUUGCAUUCUAUUUAAACAAUUCCAAAUGGUGGAUAUUCCCAGCAUUUAUAUUGUUUUUAAGUUAUUGCUAUAUUUGUCAAUUUUCAUUCUCAAAUAAUCAAUGUGCAUUUUGGAUAAUCAAAACCACUGAUCUUGAUUCACAGUAUAGAAAUUUCAUUGUCAUUAAUGAUGAUGGUCAUCACCAUCAUAACCAUGAAGUUGGUUUCGAGUAUAGUGAUUCAUUGGUUAGAGCUGCAGUUGAAGAACAAGUGAAAAAUAUAUGUGCUGCUGAAGUGGAAAAACGAAUUAAACCAUCACUGCCACAACAAGCCAAUCAUGAGGUUACAACUUAUCAAAGAUAUAUUGUUAAUGAUGUGAUUGCUAAUCUAAUUAGGAAUGAAAUUCAUAAAACAGUAGAAGAGAAAUUGCAUGACUAUUCACAGGAUAAAUUGAAUAGAGCUGAUUAUGCUCUUUUAUCAGGUGGUGCCAAGAUCAUAAGUGUGUUGACAUCUCCAACAUAUGAAACUUGGCCUACAAAGUGGUCUCAACAAAUUAUUGCAUCAGUAACUGGUCAUGGAAUCACACGAGGUAGACCACCAACAACAGCUAUUCAACCUGAAAUGCAUGUUGGUCAGUGUUGGCCUUUUUCUGGAGAAAAAGGUCAAUUAGCUAUAUUAUUGAGUAGAAAAAUAUUUGUUACAGCAGUAACAUAUGAACAUGUGACUAAAAAGUUAGCUAUGGAUGUUACCAGUGCGCCAAAAGAAUUUGAGGUUUGGGGUUUUGUUUAUGAUAUUGAUGAUAAUAAUAAUAAUCAACAGGGAAAAGUUGGCAAUGAACAAGGCGAUGAUGAUUAUGGAAAGGAAAAGGAAAAGCAGGAACAAGGGCAAAAUGAUGAGUUACUGUUUAAAAAAAAUGAUCAAUACAAUCAAGAAAGUGGUGAAAUUGUAUUAAAUAAUCAUAAUAAUCAUGAUGAUAAAUAUGAACCAAAAAAUAGUUUGAAUGAUCUGAAUGAUUCAGAUAAUAAUAAUAAUUCAGGUUAUAUAAGUGUAGGUGGAAGAGAUUUAAAACUUGGCUCAUCACCAAAUCAUUUAUUUUUGGGGAAUUUUGUUUAUAAGAUUGAUGGACCUUCUAUACAAACUUUUGAAGUGAAUAAUUUAGGUGUACCAAUAAGAGCUAUAGUGAUGAAAAUAAAGAGUAAUUGGAAUAAUUAUGAUUAUACUUGUUUAUAUAGAUUUCGUGUUCAUGGAGCACAGCCAAAGCACCAACCUUUUUAUGUACAUGUAUAG